AUGUAUAGCAACGAAAACUUGUGCAGCUUAUUACACUACUUUAUUCUCCGUCAUUCUGCUGAAAACUCUUGCAGAUCCUUCUUUGUUUCUGACACUGCUUGCACUGCUCUAAUGAUUCCAAUAGCAUUGGCUAUAAUACAGACUAUCACCGACACCACGGAAUCAGUUGGACACGGCAAAGGGAAAGAUGGUGCAACGAUUGAGGGUGCAGCUUUUGAACACUUGAAAGGAGAUGAGCGGGGAUUUGCUAAGGCUCUGGUACUCGCAUGUGCUCAUGGAUCUCUUAUUGGUGGAACGGCAAUAAUAACAUCUACUGGUCCAAAUCUAGUCUUUCGUGAAAUCGUUCAAACAAGUUACGCCGAAAAUGAAGUUAGUGUAUCUUACGUACAAUGGAUGAUGUUUGCAAUGCCUCCUAUGUUGCUGUACCUUGUCGCAUCAUUCAUUGUUCUAACGUGUUGUUUUAUGGGCCCACGACAGCUUUGCUUAUGGUUCUCUCGCCCCUCAAAAGAAGAGCAGCGCGUCUCGCUAGCAGUUCAGAAGAGGAUUCACACUGCCUAUGAUGAGCUUGGAAUAUUCACGUUUGGUGAAAAAUCGAUCCUCGCUUGGUUCUUAGUACUAAUGGCCUGUUGGAUUAUGCGAAAACCAGGAUUUAUCCCCGGUUGGGGAGAGCUUUUUCCGAAUCACGGAUUUGGUGAAAAAUCGAUCCUCGCUUGGUUCUUAGUACUAAUGGCCUGCUGGAUCAUGCGAAAACCAGGGUUUAUCCCCGGUUGGGGAGAGCUUUUUCCGAAUCACGGAAAGUUGCUGAGUGAUACCGUACCUGCAGUGCUGGUUGUUUUCUUAUUAUUUGCUUGGCCUAGAGAUCCAUUUGCCAAAGAUCCUUAUCGUUACGUGUUUACAGAACCUAUACCAAUUCUGAACUGGAAUGCCAUGAAAGCAAAAUUUUCGUGGUCAUGCAUUUUACUAAUUGGUGCUGGAUACGCUAUAUCGGAAGGAGUUGAGGUCAGUUUAUAUGUGCAACAAGAGCUUUGUAUGGUUCAUUGCCGUAACCUCUUCUAUCACGUUCAUGACGGAGUUUGCGAGCAAUGUGUCCACAGGAAGUGUUUUUAUUCCCAUCGUGCUGACCAUUGUAAGUUCCUGAAAACGCAGAAAGCAAAAAAAGUUGCUUUUUUCCUUGAGGCUGAAUCUCUCCAUAUUCACCCGCUCUAUCUAUCGCUGCCGGUUACCGUCGCCUGUUCGUUCGCCUUCAUGUUGCCGAUGGCUACUCCUCCAAAUGCUAUAGUGUACGACACCAAAUUAGUUGGAAUGCUAGAAAUGAUAAUGACUGGAGUGUUGCUGAACAUAUGCUGCAUUUUCAUC